AUGACGACUUUACGACAACCGUACGACGACCUUGAGAUGACCGUGACCUUUCGACCGGCUUAUGACGACUUCACGACGAUUCGAGCCUGUCGUAUCGUGCAGCGAGCCUUCGCCUGUGCAACGAGCCUUCGCCCUGUGCAGCGAGCCUUCUGUCCGAGCAGCGAGCCUUCACCCUGUGCAGUGAGCCUUCGCCCUGUGCAGCGAACCUUCGCCAUGUGCAGCGAGCCAUCGCCCUGUGCAGUGAGCCUUCGCCCUGUGCAGCGAGCCUUCCGCCCGUGCAGCGAGCCUUCGCUCUGUGCAGCGAGCCUUCGCCCUGUGCAGCGAACCUUCGCCCUGUGCAGUGAGCCUUCCGCCAGUGCAGCGAGCCUUCGCCCUGUGCAGCGAGCCUUCGCCCUUUGCAUCGAGCCUUCGCCCGUGCAACGAGCCUUCGCCCUGUGCACCCCAUUACCACGACCCCUUCCCGAGCCUACUCCCCCGACAUCUUCCCGCACCCACUCCCCUUUCCAAAUUUCUCUUCUUGCUGCUCAUAUUCCCCUGAUCACUGCCAGCCUCUUCUUCCCCCUCCUCCUCCUCUCCCCUCACACUCUCUUUGUCCAUUACUCGUCUCCUCGUCUUCGUCAACCCUCCUCCCCCUCUCCUCCCUCCUCCACUCCUCCGCCUCCCCAGCUGCUGCUUCCUCCCCUUGAAGGUUGGAUGACAGCGGCGGGGGAAGUGGAGGAGCUGUCUCUUAUACACAUCUAG